AUGAAACUGAAUGAAGUCUCUGCUUCCUCAAAAGAAAAAAUUCCAGAGUUGCUGUCAGGUGACUCAAUUGAUUCUAAGACCAGGCUGGUUCUUGUCAACGCCUUAUAUUUCAAAGGAAAGUGGCAAAAAGAGUUUGACAAAGAACACACAAGGGAAAUGCCCUUUAAAAUAAACCAGAGGGAGAAAAGACCAGUGCAGAUGAUGUAUCAUAGAAGUGUAUUUAACCUCGCCUACGUGAAAGAAGUUCAGGCAACGAUGCUGGUGAUGCCCUAUGAUGGCAUGGAGCUGAGCUUGAUAGUCCUACUCCCAGUUGAUGGUGUGGACCUCAGGAAGGUGGAAAACAAUCUCACUUUUGAGAAGUUAAUGUCUUGGACCAAACCAGACUUUAUGAGGAGCACUAGAGCUGAGGUUUUACUUCCAAAAUUUAAACUGCAAGAGGAUUAUGACAUGAAGUCUGUGUUUCAGCACUUGGGAAUGGUGGAUGUCUUCCAAGGGGGCAAAGCUGACUUAUCAGGAAUGUCUCUGGAGAGAAACUUGUGUAUGUCUGAGUGUGUUCAUGAGAGUGUUGUGGAGGUCAAUGAAGAAGGCACCGAGGCUGCAGCCUCCACCAUGGUAAAUAUAAGCUGUGAUUCAUCUCGUGGUGACCCAAGGUUUUGCGCUGACCACCCCUUCCUUUUCUUCAUCAGGCACAAUGAAACCAACACCCUCCUGUUCUGUGGCAGGUUCUCUUCUCCAUAAAGACACAUUUACUAUGUGGGAAACAGUUCUCUAUUCAGCAUCUUGACAGCUCUUACAACCCUGUGAGGAUGGACAUAUAGGUUGAACCCGUGUUCCAAGAUGAGGGCACUUUCCU